UUGUGGAACGUUUCUAUAUCUUUGUGGUGAACCAACACAACACACCACUUCAACCAGAAGGGAAGUAGCAUAAGUGCUCUUUUCCUGUUUUUUUGCUUUCAAAGCACAAAAAAGGGGAAAUUCUCUGGAUCAUUUUCAACAUAUAAAGGCUUAUUGUCUCCCAAACUGAUCACAGAGCAGGACACAGGCAGUAGCAGCACCAUGGACUUCUUACCAGGCUCUGUCGCUGUUUUGGCUUUGUUUGCAAUUGUGAAGUCUCAAGAUCCCACACCUCUUCCUGUGUUGGCCAAAAUUACGGUACAAACGGGGGAGGCUCGCCUCUUCUCAGAGGAAGACGUCCAGCUUAAGUGCAGCAUACCUGAUGACCCGGGAGCAAAUUGGAAAUACCACUGGUUCCAGUAUGGCAAGCGUUUGAAAACCACGGAGGUGUACAGUUUUAAAAAUGCAGCUGUCCAGCAAAGUGGAAAUUACACCUGCCAAGGAGAGAAAGACAUUGAGGCCUGGCCCUAUUCGCUGAACUCACUUCCCAGUGAGCCUAUCACUGUACAUGUGGAUGGUGGUUGGGCCCUCCUGCGAGUCCCAGCAGAGCCUGUACUCAUCGAGGAAAGCAUGACCCUGACCUGCCGUGUUCGAGAUGAGCCAGUGCUGGUGGAUGUGAUCUUCUAUAAGGAUGACGUUGAGAUCUACAAAUCCAAGAGCAAAGACCUGGUGUUUAAAAGCCUCACACUGAAGGACCAGGGUUUUUACAGUUGCAGGGCAACAUGGACUCAAAGGUUUGAAUUCCAUUCUGCCCAGUCCCAGCCUGCUUUUGUAACUGUGCUAGAUAAACUAGUCACUCCUGUGCUAAAGUUGGAGCCUAAGAAGUCUUCAGUGAAGAGAGGGGAUAAUGUGGUUCUCAGGUGUGUGACCCAGCUGAAUGCCAGAGAAAAAGGCCACAGUAUAGAUUACUACUUCUUCAAAGAUGAGGAGAGGCUGGGACCCUCCUCCUCCCACGAAGCAUACACCAUCCAAAGAGCUGAGGAAAAUGACGCAGGGUUCUACACCUGCAAAGUGCGCGUGAGGACUCUGCAUUUGGAGAAGUGGAGCGACCAGGUGGAGCUGCGAGUCAGAAAGUGAAGAGCCAAGUCCCUGACCAGAAAAGAGCCAAGGAUAUCAGCUGCUGGCUUCUCACACCCAAAUGGGACAUGGGUUUGAUACCACUUCUGUCAAAUUAUGUUUUAUUUGUCUACCCCUAAUAACUGUCAUGCUUCAACUGGAUUAAGACCAUGUCAUUGGGAAAUAAACCAAUAUUAUUACAUUUGUAAAGAUGUGAAAUCUUAAUGAUGAUCAUAUUUCUUGUUUGAUUUUAAUAUAAAAUAUAUUCACAAUUGCCUGAUUUAAGACUUUUAAGAUUUUAAAUGACAUAAAUGACUGUUACAUUAUGAAGUUAUGAAUAAUAAACAUACAGCCGUAUAUCUUUAA